CGAUCACGAUGGCGACUCCAGCUUCAGCCCAGUUCGCAGACUCAGGGCCAUCUUUUGAUGAAAUGAAAAUGAUAAAUCAAAUCCAGUGUUUCGAACAUAAGCAACCAGAUGCUAGCUAUUACAGCUAUAUAUAGACUAGAGAUGGAGAGUUGGAGAGCAAGUGACAUUGCUGCUUCUACAAGGUGGAGUGUACAGAUCAUUUAAUUUUCUCAUGACUUGUAUUUCAGGAGCAUGGCUUGCUUCACCCUGGGUAACCUAUUCUGUCAAGUUGAUAAACGUGAAGAUAAAGCUGCCAAGUUAUACCAACACACAUGUGAUACCUACAAACAUGGACCAAGCUGUUUCUUCCUCAGCAACUAUUUCUAUUAUUCAAGAGGUAAUUUGUAUAAAGACACUAAGAAGUUCUUAGAGUAUGCAAACAAAGGGUGUGACAAUGGAAAUGGAGAUGCCUGUAAAAUACUUGCUGGUUUCUUUCACCCAGCCCACACCAAAAUCCCAUUUGCAGAGGAAAGUGACUUUAAAAUGAAAGAUUUUCGAAAAUCUAUGGAAUACUUUGAUAAAGGGUGUCAAAAAAACAGUGCGAAAAGUUGUUUUGAGGCAGGAAAAGCAUACUUAUAUGGAUCUAAGGACUUCAAUUUUGACAAGAAUGCAGAGAAAGCUUUACCCUAUAACAUUAAGGCAUGUGAGAGAGGAGAAAUAGGGGGCUGCUUUCUAGCUUAUCAGCAGUACAAGGACGGUGAAGGAGUCCAAGUCGACGAUAGACUUGCACAGCUCUUUUUAGCAAAGUUUAAAAAUAUGGAACGCAAGAUCACUUAAUGAACAUUUAACAUUAAAUCUAUAUAAUAAACUAAAACACAUAAUAGUAUGUAUACAAGCUUGCAUAUAUUUGUUUUGAGUUGUGAAGGGCCGGUGAGCUUAUGUCAUGGUGCAGCGUCUGUCGUCCAUUCGUCAUCUGUCUAGCGUUCAUCAACAUUUCCAACAGAGCGUGUGGCUCCCCUGGGGCCAGAGGGGAGGGGCCAAGUAGGGGAAAUUGAGGUUAAUCCUUUAAAUCCCUACUAGUCCUGAAUGCCUGAAUGGAUUUUGAUGAAAUUGGUCUGAAGCAUUAUUGGGCAAAGGUGAUCAAAUGUUCUGUAAACAGAGGAUGUGGCUCCCUGGGGUCCAGAGGGACAGGGCCCAAUAGGGAAAAUUCAGGUAAAUCCUUUAAAUUGCUACUAGUUUAAACCCUUGAGAUUCCCAACCCAUAACCAUAUAUAUCAUAGCUGGACAUCAAGAGAUAAUAUAAAUAUAGGCCCUGGGGUCUUUCCCCACCCUAGGGACUUAGUUUCUUUGAUAUAUCUUUGAAACCAUUAAGAUCCCAACCGUAUAACCAUAUAUAGCAUUGUUGGGCAUAGUCAUGAUGUAAAAAUAGGACCUGGGGUCUUUGAAACUGUUGAGAUCCCCACCCCAUAACAACAUAACAAAUUGAAAGUGAACAUUAUUUUGACAUUUGGUCAAAAUCAACCAGGUGAGCAAUACUGGCCCUCUGGACCUCUUGUUUGUCAGUAUUCUUCUGAAGAUGUUGUUACAAGUGAUGUACAACAAUAACAAUUAAUUAAACUUCUGGAAAGUACCAAACAUAAAUUGUUAGAUGAGCUAGAUUACAAUAGAAAUAGAAAACAGUGAAAAUGUCAUGCCUUCUUUUUUCAACUUAUCAAUUUUGAUACAUCAUUUACUUGAAUUUCUCAAUUGUGACAUGCAUGAACAUGUUUAUAUACAUGUUUAUAAAAGGAUUUAUAAAUGCAUUGGACAUUUGAAA